AUUGUUGUGAUAAACUUAUUAAAUAGAUUGUGUUUGUCAUCUGUAUGUGUCUUUUUGAACUAUGUCCGGAAACAACUCUCAAACGCUUCCUGCGAAGGAAAAUACUCUUUUCAAAAAGUUGAUGAAAUCAUGUGAACAGAAGCAAUACAAAAAUGGGUUGAAACUUGUUAAACAGAUUCUUGGAAAUCCAAAUUGCGCACAACAUGGAGAAACUAUUGCCAUGAAAGGUUUGAUAUUCAGCUGCAUUGGCAAAAAGACAGAAGCAAGAGAGCUUGUUAAACAGGGACUAUUGUUCAAUUUAAAAAGUCACGUUUGCUGGCAUGUAUCUGGGUUAAUUGAGAGAUCAGACAGGAAUUACGAGAAAGCCAUCAAAUGCUACAUCAAUGCCUUAAAAUGGGAUAAGGAAAAUCUACAAAUUUUGAGAGAUCUGUCGAUGCUACAAGUGCACAUAAGGGAUUUAAAUGCCUUCAAAGAGACCAGAUAUACCCUACUAGGCUUAAGACCAAGUCAUCGCGUUAAUUGGAUUGCAUAUGCCAUUGCCCAUCAUCUACUGAAAGAGUACGACGUUGCAAUCAAACUUCUGGAUCAACUCAGAGUUAUGGACACGGAAAGAAACUUCGAGUACAGUGAACUCCUGCUGUAUCAAAAUACAAUCUAUCAAGAAGCUGGAUAUGUGGACGCGGCUCUGAAGCACUUGAACGAAAAUAGCGAGCACAUAGUUGACAAACUGGCAUUGACAGAAUAUAAAUUGUCUCUCCACCGACUGAAAGAGGACAAAGCUAACUCGGUGUCCCUGAGUCGCAACCUGUUGAUGCGCAAUCCCGACAAUCCAGUCUACUACAAGAGUCUAAUUGAGCUGAUGAGAGUGAGUGAUGACGAGGAAACAUUGGCCGAGUUUUUCUCCCAGAUGAAGACACUUUAUCCCCGCUACGAUACCCCGAAACGACUCGAGUUGCAGUAUUUUAAAAACGAACGAUUCGUUUCUGCACUGGACACAUAUCUGCGAAAGGCAUUUGUCAAAGGACUACCAGCACUAUUCAGAAGUGUGAAACCUCUUUACGAAGAUCCAGAAAAGGCUUCGAUAAUUGGCAGUGUUGUUUUGGGCUACUACAAAACGCUGCAGUCUUCUAGUAAAUUUCACGAAUCAGAUACAACUCUGGAGACCUCGCCAACUACUGUUCUCUGGGUGCUUCACUUCCUAGCCCAGCACUACGACUACAUCGGGGACCAACAGAAGGAGGCCUUAGAGUGCAUCAACGAAGCAAUAGAGCACACUCCGACAUUACUGGAAUUGCUUCUGGUCAAAGCGAAGAUACUGAAACAUUGUGGUGAUAUCGAGAAUGCGUGUGAGGCACUGGUAGAGUGUCAGAGUCUUGACACCGCAGACAGAUAUCUGAACUGCAAAUGUGCAAAAUAUCUCCUCAGGGCAAGCAGAGUGCAGGAUGCCAUAGACAUGUGCUCAAAGUUCACCAGGGAAGGCCAGGAAGUUGUGGAUAACUUGAACGAGAUGCAGUGUCUCUGGUUCCUCUCGGAAACAGGCGCCGCCUACCAGAGAAAGGGAACCCUCGGGGAGGCCCUGAAGAAAUGUCACCAGGUGUUGCGUCACUUCGAGGAAAUCUGGGAGGGCCAGUUCGACUUCCAUGCCUACUCCAUGCGCAAGAUGACUCUCAGGGCGUACGUGCAGCUGCUGAAGUUAGAAGACCGGAUAUACGAGCAGAGGUUCUUCUUCAAAGUCGCCGACAUGGCGAUUAAGAUGUACCUACAUAUCUUCGAUAACCCGCACAAAGAAGAAGUUAUCGACGAAUCCAAGCUUUCCCUUACGGAAUUGAAGAAACUAAGGAAGAAGCAGGAAAAAGAGGCGAAAAAAGCAGAAGAUCAGCGGAAGAAGGAAGAGGAAGAGAGACAAAAACAGCUGCAGAAACAGAGAAAGGAGGACGGAGACGCAGAGGGACCGACCUUUGCGGAACUGAUCCCGAGUAAACUGGAGAGACCCGAAGACCCCCUGCACGAGGCAGAGGCAUUCCUGAAGCCGCUGUUGACUUACGGAGACAAGUGCAUCAACACGCAUUUGUUGGCAUUCGAAGUGUACUUCAGAAAAGAGAAGGUUCUUUUGAUGCUACGGUCACUAAAACGAGCUUAUGUACUGGACCCGAAAAACGCUCAACUCUAUGUCUGCAUCGUUAAAUUUGCACUCUUCGUACAGAAGUCGCGCAACACGGACGAAAUCCUGCAGCAGGUCAUAACUAGCCAAUCAGAGGCCUUCUUACCAACAACCAAUGAGCUUCAAGCAUCAAAUGAACGUUUCAUUGAGGAGCAUUCAGAAUCAUUGCCACAUUACUCGUCAGGAUUGCGCGUCAAACUUCUAUUGGAAAAGGAAAGCCCCGAAGAUCUAAUUGAAACACUCAUAAAUGCAAUUCCAGCUAAGAAGUCCUCAUUGAAGGAUUCCCUUGAGCUUUUCGACCUGAUAUGCGGGAGCCCGGCUAUUUUUGGAGCUGUUUCGGAUGCUUUGAAAGUUCGUGUCAGUGAAGCGUUCGCAGCUAAACACCCCCUAUCAACAUGCUUCAACCACCCAAACAACGAAAGCUUACUAACAUCUGCUGUGAACGGCGCAGUGAACUCGUCUGAACAUUUAGCAAACGGGAAAAUGGAGCCUGAUGAGAUCGAGCAACUAAAAAGCAGCAAUAUUAUAGCGAACACCAACCACACAAUUUUGACGAACGGAACUACAGCAAAUUGAAAAAAGAGAAGAAAAAUCUAUUGUUAAGUGAUUGAAGUUCAUUUUGUUUGGAGAGAAUUCAUUCUUGAGUUGCUUUAAAAUGUAUAAUUUUCAAUCUAACAGGCUUCAUAUUUCUACUAUAUUUGCUAUUAUCACAUUAAAUAUUCAAAUUUAA